UGUGGAGGAGAGAGGCGGCGGAGCGGAGGCCGUGAGCGGCGCAGCCUCUGGGGACCCGCAGGGCCUGGAGCCCGCGCAGCCUCGAGGAGCGGGAGGAAGGGAGCUGCGGGGAAAGAGGCGGGACAAGGUGCGAGCGGAGCAAGGAAGGCGUGAAGAGGAGAAGCAGGCGAGGCUCGGGCUCCGCAAGGCGGUGUGCGAGAGGGGGAAAGGCGCCUCCUCCUCUGCCUCCGCCUCCCUCCCUCCGCAGCCGCUCUGCUUGUGGUGCUGCAGAGAGGGAGAGACGGGCUCUUUUCCGCCGCGCUCCUCCUUCUCCUCCUCCCUCUUCUUCCCAUGCCGAGCAGAUGGCAGACCCACUGCGGGGACAGGCGUGAAUGAAGGCAGCGACGUCGGGAUAGGGAGCCGCCUCUUCUUCCCUUUCCUCCUCCCCUUUCGCCCCUCCAUCCGUCCGUCCAGGGGAUGCGCGGCCAGUGCCCUUCUCUUUUCCCGGAGCCCGAUGUCCGCGCCGGCGAAACGGCUCCCCUUUCCUCCUCUUCUUCCUGCCGUUGCUGCUGCUGCUGCUGCCUGGGAAAAUGAAGCGACACCCCCCAUGCCGCUGCUGGCGGGGGUGUUAGGAGGAGGAGGAGGAGGAAGAGGAGGAGGAAGAAGGGCGGCGCUGCGCACACCGCAAGCCCCCGCCGGAUCCCGCGCUGCGCCCGAGGAAAGGGGCUCGGGGCUCGGGCUGCUCCUGGGCGAGAGGGCUGACCGCUGGAGGAGGCAGGAUCCGCGCCGCUGCUGGGCUUCUCGCCCUCGCUGAUCGGAAGAGGCGAGCCCGAGAGAGAGAGCGCGAACGCCUCUCCUUCUCCCCGCAGAAGGAGGGGGAGGCAGCCUUGGCUCGGGCGCCCCCGUUUCUCCCUCUCCCUUGGACCCCGAGGCCAUGGGGGAGAGGCUCUCCGGACUGGCUCCCUCGUAGGCUCACACACAGAGAGAGAUUGAGGCUGCCUUCUUUCCUUCCUCUCCCUCGGAAGGGUUGUGAUUUCCCCCUGGCUCCGCUCCCACAUGCCUCGAGACUGACUCUAGCGUUGGCAAGCCUGCGUGUGGAAGCGCCUGGAUUCCGUGUAGGAUACAGAGAGAAAUACAUUACACCCCUCGACAGAAGGCCACGCGAGAGGAGGGUCAGCCUUGCUCACUGGACGGACCCCAGGGCGUUGUAAAAGGGGGGAAAAAAUAAACCCUUGUAGGAAUUGGUCAUCCAAACCGCUCGUCUCAUUGGCCAUCAUGGGGGAACAACCCAUCUACAGCACCCGAGCUCAUGUCUUCCAGAUUGACCCUAACACGAAGAAGAACUGGGUUCCCACCAGCAAGCAUGCUGUUACAGUGUCCUACUUCUACGACAGCACAAGAAAUGUCUAUAGGAUAAUCAGCUUGGAUGGCUCAAAGGCAAUAAUAAAUAGUACCAUCACUCCCAACAUGACAUUCACAAAAACAUCACAGAAGUUUGGUCAGUGGGCAGAUAGCAGAGCAAAUACUGUUUAUGGCUUGGGAUUUUCCUCCGAACAUCAUCUGUCAAAAUUUGCAGAAAAAUUUCAGGAAUUCAAAGAAGCAGCACGACUAGCUAAAGAGAAAUCCCAGGAAAAGAUGGAAUUAACAAGUACACCCUCACAGGAAUCUGCAGGUGAGAUUCAAUCUCCUCUUACGCCUGAGAGCAUUAAUGGGACAGAUGAUGAAAGAACUACCCCUGAAGUGACUCAAAACUCAGAACCAAGGGCUGAACCAACCCAGAAUGCAUUGCCAUUUGCGCAUAGCUCAGCAAUCAGCAAGCACUGGGAGGCAGAACUCGCCACGCUCAAGGGUAACAAUGCCAAGCUUACAGCAGCUCUGCUUGAGUCUACUGCCAAUGUGAAACAAUGGAAACAACAGCUUGCUGCAUAUCAAGAGGAAGCAGAACGUCUACAUAAGCGAGUGACUGAGCUGGAGUGUGUGAGUAGUCAAGCAAAUGCUGUCCACACUCACAAAACAGAGUUAAAUCAGACAAUACAAGAAUUAGAAGCGACGCUGAAGAAAAAAGAAGAGGAAAUAGAAAAAUUGAGAGAAGAAAUUGAUAAUGCUAAAGAGAUUCAGGCACAGAGGGACUCCUUAACUCAGAAGCUACAAGAAGUCGAAGUACGAAACAAAGACCUGGAAGGACAGCUGUCUGAUCUGGAGCAGCGUCUGGAGAAAAGCCAGAGUGAACAAGAAGCUUUUCGCAAUAACUUGAAAACACUUUUAGAAAUUCUUGAUGGCAAAAUCUUUGAACUAACAGAACUACGCGAUAACCUGGCCAAGCUAAUAGAAUGCAGCUAAUGGAAAUGGGAUCUCAGUGCCAACCUUCUUAAAGAUGCACUGUCUCUCUUCAUAGGACAUUGUUGGGCUCUGCAUCAAAGUUGCACAAAAUUAGAAAAGCGCUCCUCCAGGAGGGCCUGUUUUAAAUUUUCAACAGUAUAUUUCAGUGUAAAAUUUUAGAAUUCAGCUUGUAGCUAGUUGGAAAAAGAAAUAACUUGAAUUACAAAUUACCUCCUUGUAUAUAAUUGGCCAUAGAUAACUCGAAAGAUAUUAACAGUAAUUGAAUGCAAUCCUUUUCUAAUUAUUAGCCAGUGAAAUAAUGAGAAGUGCCCCAAAUGACAUCCCUUCUAGUGUUAGACACGGUAGAUGACCUCUUUUGUUUUAUUUUCUUUGUCGGGGUUCCCGAUUGCUGUGUUUUUGUGCAAAAACUUUGUGACAACAGCCCUGUCUUUUGUUGUAAUCUUAAAUCAUUUUCUCAGGAUCUUUUGCACUGUGGAGAAGCAGUGCAUUACCAAUUAAUUCUUGCCAGGAGUGAGAGAGCUUUGCAUCUUUAAUUCAAACCUAGCGAAUAACCCGCUUGUAUAGAGUUCUUCCCCUUUUUUAUACUGGAAGAUACUGUAUUUAUUUAUGAUGUUCACUCUGGUGUUCUUCAAUAUUGUCCACUGAAUGGUUUACUUUCCCCUGUUUUUAGUCCUAUGUAUGUAGAUGAUCUGUAGUCCAUUUUGUUACACAUUUUGAAGCCAGUCUAUGAAGACAGGUGAGUCCCUGUCCACCCUCAAAAAUUAAUAAUCUCUAUACACCAGGCAUGGGUAAACUUUGGCUCUCCAAGUGUUUUGGACUUCAACUCCCACCAUACCUAACAGCCUCAGGCCCUUUCCUUUUACCCCUCGUCCACUUAAGCGGGCCAAAGUUUGCCCAUGCCUACUACACACCGAUGAGUAUAAGGGGCAAUCUAGUCAUAUUAAAUGUCACAUAGGUUUAUUACGUAUUGUUACUUUGAUAUGUUUAUUUAGCAAGAAACCUCAUGUUGUAGAACUAAGUCGGGGCAUUCUCUUAAUGUUGACCACCCCUUUUUUUUAAAAGACCCUGUAAAUUGGUAGGGAAUUGACACAGGACUUCUCUCUCGCUCUCAUUUUCUCUGUGUUGGAUCUUCACGUCACAUCCUAUCAAAAACAAAACCACACCAGGCAAUAUUCUGAACUUCAAACAGGAAUUGAAUUCAGUUAUCCUCAGUGAACAUCUUUUAAAGUUGUUUUUGAUGUAAUUUACAAAAGACUUUUUGCCAAAACAUGUAUUUCUUUAUAUAUCUUUUUUAUUUUAAAGAGGGGGGAAAAACCCUGAAAAGUAAGCCAAGUGUCAGAUGUCUGCUUACUGAACGGGAAUGGCAUUAUGGGACAGUCUUGCUGUGAAUUGUCUAAUAUUGGAGAGGAUUUUAAAACACGAAUGGAAAAAGUAUCCACCGCAAAGAUGCACUGACCUUUUUAGUUACACCCAGAUUAAUUUGAAUGUUAAAUACAAAAUCCAGCUGCGAUAUAAACUCUGUACAAUAGGCGAUUUUGUUUCCACUUAAGGACUGCUAUUCAAAACUUGAUAAUAUAAGUCGGGUUUUUUAUGUGUGUACUGUAUGUAUAUACUGUAUAAUACACGCAUUCUAAUUUGUAUUUAAAGUGAGAGAAGAUACAUGGUUUAAUUUAUAAAAUGCCAUUUUCUUUAUCUGUAAUUGAACAGCUAUCUCCUGAAAAGUCAGGACUGCUGUUUAACGAAACACUAAAUUAUCAUGUAUUAUACUGUAUGUACUGUACACAUGAGUUACAUUUCAUCCCUAUUUUAGAGUAUUUUAUCACUUUAUUUAUUAUUGAGGAAACAUUUCUUCAUUGCAUUCAUAGGUAAAAGCUUUCUAUGGUGAGUUUUUUUAACUUAAUAGUUAGAUGUUGAUGAUGUGUAAUUUUAUGAGGUCCAGGACAGUAGUGAUAUUACCUGAUUUUAAUUUACCUGGAGACGUUUGUACCUGAUUCUCUUGCAACUCGAGUGUCAAUUGGAAACAUCUUCAGAAAAGUAUAAAAUUGGUGUAAUUGUGAAAGGAAUGCAGUAUGUUCAUGCUGAGUGUUCUUAAUUAUCACACGUUAGAACAUAAAUUUGAUGGCAAAAAGUUACAUUAUUUUUAAUGAGAUCAAAAUUUUUAAUACAGUGACAUUUACCAGGUGGGAAAAAACUGUUUACAGACUAUUUCCACUUAAAUGCUGUGUAUAUGUGUGGUACAAGAAACUGCUUUGUAUAUGUACACACACAUAUGUAUAUAUACAGUACACGGAAACAUUUAAAUGUGCACAUUUUUAAUAUUUUCCUACUGAAAUUAAAUUUAAAAAUUGGAAAUCAAUAUUUGAAAAUUUCCUUUCUCAUGUAUAUUAAGAUAUUUGACUUUGGGUUCGUAUGUUUGUAAAAAUAAAAUCUAUGAGGGCUGCACCAUUGAAUUCCCGAAAAAAGUCAUCUAAUAUGUAUAUGGGAUAAGGUGGAUUUAAGUGCACAUAUAAAUAGAAUCCUAUUAAGAAAUAUUUUAAUGAUCAUUUACAGUAGGUGGGCAUUUAGAAACUGUACUCUAGAAAUUGUACACUGAAGUUCCGAAUUAGGUAUUCAUACCUACUGUAGCCUCUACACUUCUGUAUUAAGAUAACAAUUGGCCUACUGGAAAAAGUUUUCCUUUUUCUCUGAGACAGGUAUGACUUAUUGUAUUUAUUAUAAGAUAGGCUGUGGGGAAUGUAUAUGCCAGAAAAUUAUGUUGAGUAUCAUAGACUUUGAAAAAAAUGCAAAGAACUUACAUAGGAGAAACAAUCACAUUGUGUAUAACUUGUUGGUAUAUGACAAGUAUGGAAUCUUGUUUUAAAAAAAUCUUUUAAAACCCAACAAAAUACAAUUUUUAUUUUGAAAUACAAUUGUUGUUCUGGAGAAUGUAAUUUACUCUUCUUUUUUCCCCUUCUUCUUGAACUCUUUUUAAGUAUUACAGAACUGUUCAAUGGAUGGCAGCAUUUACCUUAACCCUUCAGGUGCUACUGGAUUUUAAAUUAGAGUGUCAUGUUGUGCAAUUCUGACUUUGACAUAAAACGGUUUUUUAAGUAUA